UUGGUGUUCGUUUCAACUGGAGAGCUUGUCGUUUUUCACAAGCAUUACCAAAGUUUAUUUUUAAACGCGCUUCGAUUCUGCCCGUUAAUGUCGUCAAUCGACCAUUGGCAUGACUGGAAUGGGUUCGAGUUUAUGACUUUAUUUGACAAUACAUGUACAUACAUGGCCACUUCAGCUAAAAGGCGCCGUCAUCAUGCCGUGGAUCCUCUUGAUGCAGCACAGUCAUGGAUAAGUUUGAAGGAUUGGGAUCCAGGUUGUGUGUGUGUUGACCCAAACAUCCCAGGCAAAGGUAGAGGUGUGCGGGCAACUGAAGUCAUUCAGAAGAACACCUUCAUAAUGGAGUACAAGGGGGAUCUGAUUUCUGCUAGUGAGGGCGAUGAAAGAGAGAUUGUAGAUCCCAGUAACUUCCGAUUUUUUUUCCAAUAUAAAGGUGAAUACUUAUGUAUCGAUGCAAUGAAUGAACCACUGGCCGGAGAUGCAACACUAGGGCGCCUUGCCAAUCAUUCAUCCAAAAGACCAAAUGCAAAGGUCAAGGCGGUGGAGGUGGACGGGACCCCACACCUCUGUUUCUUUGCCAUCAGCGAAAUUCAGGUGGGAGAGGAGGUGGUAUACAAUUAUGGGGUGAGCAAUCUCCCCUUUAAAGUUGUAGAGUUCGAAAUGAAGAUUGUGAAGCAUGCCCUGAGGAAGAGCAGCCAGAAGAGGUUGGCCAAGUAGAAAACCCCGAAGAAGUGCCAG